AUGGAACUUAACAGACCAGAAGAGCAAAUUGACGAGGUUCCCACACCUUUAGCGGCAAAUUCUUCUGCACGCUCUUCACAGAUAGCUAACAGUUCGGCUAGUCGUCCACGCUUACACUCUCCUUAUCCGACUUCUUCAAAUAUAGGUGAGAAUACUACAGCGAUGCCGAAACCAACGCGACGAAAGUCAAAGGUUAUGUCUAACACUUCUUCGCAAGAAGACUCUUCCGACCACUCUGACGACUCAAAGAAACGUAAACGUCCAAGUGCACAUAGACGUCGCUCUUCCUACAGACCGAGAAAUGCAAGCAAUGUUAUACAUAAUGAAACGGGUACAGAUGCGAAUCGAGACGACGAAGUGGUAGAGGAAGAGACUAGAGAUGACGAAGAUGAAAUUUCAUUUAAUGAUAGUGAUAGGGAAUAUACUCUUAAAGACAGACAAGAGGCUAUAAACAUAACACAUCCUUUCGGCCUUCCUUUGUGGAAACCGGCAUUAUACAAAAAAUCUCGUUCUGUAAUCCGAAAUGCUAAUUCAGCCUUGCAUUCAACACCAUCAUCCGAACUAUAUCUCUAUCCGGGUAAUAUUAUAUGGGCACUUGUAUUUGGUUGGUGGCUGGCAAUUAUAUCGUUUAUAGUCUCGAUUUUCUUACUGUUAACACCAUUUGGAGGAUGGAGAUAUGCACGAGUUUUACGAGAAUUGAGUUAUUACAUUUUUUGGCCUUUUGGAAAAUACGUUGAACAGAUCACGGAAGAAUGGGUAUACGACGAUGCUAAUCGUUAUAUGGAUGCAAAUGGUGCUUAUGAAGAUAAUAUUGGAUUGACCAAUGAAAAUCAUCCUAAUAACAACGAAACUGGGAGUAAUCCAUUGUUGAGACGUAGAACGAAUUUUUCAAACAGUGAAAAUCAGACAUCUCAAAAUGAUCAAAAGCAACGACCUUUUGCUUCUUAUUUUGGGAACAUUGGAUUUGCGGCUCCUUUGUAUAUUAUCGUUUCAGCUUUAUGUUGGUUUAUGGUUGUCUUUAUUCCAAUGGCCAAACUUACAUACGUAGUCACACGACAUUUACGAAAACGUCCAUUAUCACUACACUUCAAAUCCGGAUCAUCACUUUCAUUCUCUACAUCACAACGCUCGGUAAUCUUACUAUGCACAUACAAGGCAAUCGGAUGGCAAUACUACAAAUACACCUACGAUGGUAUUAACAUUAUUUUCAUCAACCUUAUGCCCCUCGUCUUCUUCACCAUCUUCGACAGCAAUGUACUUGAAAAGAUAAUCCCUGACCGGUUUAUUGUUCAGCCAUUGACCAUUUUCGCACUAGGACUUGCCUCGGUUAUCCCACUUUCUUAUUUUAUUGGCAUGGCUGUUGCAUCAAUUUCUGCACAGUCGUCGGCGGGGAUGGGUGCCGUGAUUAACGCCACUUUCGGUAGUAUUAUUGAGAUUAUUUUGUAUUCGAUUGCGUUGAUACGUGAAGAGGGGCUGAUUGCCGAAGGAAGUAUUAUUGGGAGUUUGAUGGCUGGUGUGUUGCUUAUGCCUGGCAUUAGUAUGGUUAGUGGUGCUUUUAAACGUAAAGAGCAAAAAUUUAAUGCAAAGAGUGCAGGUGUGACAUCAACUAUGCUUAUUAUGGCUAUUAUUGGAGCACUCACACCCACCUUAUUCUAUCAAAUAUACGGAAGUUUCGAUAUGAUAUGUGAACCUUGCGUCGGCAAGUCAUCUUGUCAGAGUUGUCAUUUUGAACAACCCAAUCCCAUUGAUGAUUCUUUCUACCCCACUAGGAUAAAACCUUUAAUGUAUUUUUGUGCAGUCAUUUUGUUUCUUUCUUAUAUAAUUGGGCUUUGGUUUACUCUUCGUACACAUGCGGCGCUUCUUUGGCAACCUAUUCAUCAUACCACAUUUGUGGAAACAGCUGAUUCAAUAAACCGUAGUAAUUCUAUAUAUAGACGGAUCAUUCCACUCCAUAUGCUGCAAAGUUUAAUACCUCAUCAUUCCUCAGUACCACCACCCUAUGUACCACCAUCCUACCCUGCUAACACUACAAUCAAUCAGAAUUCAGCUCUUCAUAAUCCGGUUGGUGGAAAUCUUCGACCACAAUCAGCGCCUGGACCUAUCAUACAUAUCGGACCAUCGCAUGAUGAGAAUAUUCGUAUUUCUGAUGUGGCCGCCGCGGCUGCUGCAGCUAAUUUUGAAGCACAAAAUCAACCGUCAUUGAGACACGCUUAUGAAGAAGAGGAAGAACCUGGGGGUCAUGAUUCUCCUAAUUGGAGUAAAUUGAAAAGUUGUAUAGUAUUGCUCAGCUGCACAGCUUUAUAUUCAUUCAUUGCCGAAAUAUUGGUUGAUACUGUUGAUAAAUUGCUCGAAGACGGUAGUCUCGACAUUGACCCAAAGUUCCUCGGGCUUACAUUAUUCGCCCUAAUACCAAAUGUCACCGAGUUCAUGAACGCGAUGGCAUUUGCUCUGCAAGGAAACAUUGCGCUCAGUAUGGAGAUCGGUUCUGCGUAUGCGUUGCAAGUCUGUCUAUUACAGAUCCCAGCUUUAGUUCUUUUUUCGGCUUUUUACAAAAUUAAAGAAGGUCAUAAACCCAAUCCUCAAAAUACAUUUAGUCUUGUAUUUCCACGAUGGGAUGUUUUUGCAGUCGUGUUCUCGGUGUUUUUGCUGACUUACACUUAUAUCGAGGGAAAAUCCAAUUAUUUCAAGGGUUCAAUAUUGAUCCUUUCUUAUUUGGUUCUUAUGGCUGGCUUUUAUUGGGCUCCUCUUGCUAGUACAAUUUAA